AUGAUAAUGGAAUUUUUGUCCUACUCUGAAUUUGGCUGGAAUAGAAAACCGAAAUGCCCAGUAUACCCAACAGAACUGGUGUUUGCCUUGGACUCCUCUAGGACACUCACUCCUGAGACAUUUGAACUGAUGAGAGAGAUUAUGAUAGCGAUAGUGAGUGAUGCCAGAAUCAGAGACAGUAACUGCCCAGUGGGAGCCAGAGUCGCUGUUGUUUCCUACAACUCCGUUACCCACCACCUGAUCCGCUUCUCAGAGUUUCACAACAAGAAUAAGCUACUCAAUGCACUAAAAAAUAUUUCUUACCAGACAUCCUCCAUUGAGCGAGACACUGGAGGUGCAAUGAGAUUCAUUGCCAAGAAUGUUUUCAAGAGAACUCUACAAGGUCCUAAUGUGAGAAAAAUAGCUGUGGUUUUCAGCCAUGGACCAGCCACAGAUGCAUCUUCUGUUAAACAAGCUGUCCUGGAGAUGAGGGCACUAGAAGUCGUUCCAGUAGUUAUUGCUUUUGAAAACACGCCCCACAUCUCCCAAGCUUUCCUGAUGGAUGAUUCUGGAUUGUUCCAAGUGCUAAAUGUUCGUGGCAGACAAUACGAUGAAGUGUUACGAAGAUUUCAGCUCUGCACUUUGUGUUAUGACAAAUGUAAACCAGAUGCUUUUUGUGAACAUCCCAGACCUCGUUCAGUGAGGGCAUAUAUGGAUGCUGCAUUCAUUCUGGAUAGUUCACAGAAAUUGAGUGGUGCUGAAUUUGAGCAAGUCAAAGAUUUCAUGGGCAGGGCAGUCACUGCAUUCAACAUUUCCUCAGAUCCAGAAACAUCCAUUGUAGGGGAUAGAAUAGCUGUGGUGAGCCACGCACUACCAGGUUUCAAAGCAGGCACAGGGAAGAGCCCAGUAAAGAAAGAGUUUGACUUUGUUACCUACCGCAGUAAAGACCGAAUGAGAAGACAUAUUAAAGAAUCUCUUCAACAGCUGAAUGGAGAGGCUGCUGUCAGUUAUGCCAUACAAUGGACAAUUGGUAAUGUUUUCUCACGGGCUCCCAAUCCAAGACCACUCAAAUUUAUCAUUAUUAUAUCUGCUGGCAAAACAAGUCAAUGGGAUAAAAAAACGUUAAAAAAUAUUUCCCUCCAAGCUAAGUGCCAAGGAUAUGCACUGCUUGUAAUUUCACUAGGGAAAUCCUAUGACAGAAAUGAACUGGAAGAGCUUGCAAGCACUCCUCUGGAACAACAUUUGAUUCAGCUUGGCAGAAUCCACAAGCCUGAACUUGACUACGUAAUGAGGUUUCUGAAGCCAUUCAUACGCUUCUUCAGGAGUGAGAACAACUACCCACCAGAAGAGCUCAAGGGAAAGUGUAGUGAACUCCGCUUUCAGAGCCAAAGACAUGUCUUUCCAGCCCUUCCUGAGGUGUGAAUAUUAACCACAGAUAACCAUAUUGUAGGAAGGAAAUCGUCAGUACCAUGAAGAGACAAAAUGGCUGUCACAUGUGAUUUUCUGCUAUUCAGCAUCCCGUAAGAAUGUAUUAGCAACAUUUGCUGAAAUCAUGAUCUGAUAAUGUCUCUUUUAAAAACUACUAGAUGAGAAGUCAUUUAGUCAUAUCUGCUACGAAAAAUUAUGAUGAAUGCAUAGAGACACUUGGUCAUUGGGAGGCCUGCUCUUCCAGUAUCGAUGGCACCUGCCUGCCUUAUGGCAGCUGGUCUAAUUUAAACAUGAAGUAGAUUACCUGAGCAAAGGUGCCUCUUUGCUUUCUCUAUGGUCAGGAUAUGCUUUCCUAUGAGAAUUUAAAGUUGGAAGGCAAGGGGAUUUGUGAUCCUGGCUGGAUUUUUAAAAUCUCAGAAUAGUCAGGUAAUUCAUAACAGUCUUGUUAACAUUGAAACACUUCUGUUUUGAUGAAAGACUGAAUUCCACUCCAGAAGCUGUUUAAAUAAAAAGAUAGUUUUAUCUUCCAUUGUACAGAAACCUGUGUACACAAGUAAAAUGAUUUUUUUUUCGAGGCCAUCCCUGUCAGAAAAUUCAUGCUAGAGUUAUUGCAAAACCACAUCUUUAAUUUUCAGCAUGCCACUUUUUUAUAUAGCAAUUUUGUGAUUAAUAGCCCUUAGUGGAUUAUUUUUUUUCUGAAUUUAAGUAUUCUUUGAAUACAGCAAACAUUUGGUGCUCACAACAGCCCAAAACAAUGAGCCACAUCGCUUCUAGCUUGUAUAUCAAUAUCGAGCACUGAGUUCAUGUUUUCACAGGACUGUCUGUUAUAACUCCAGCCUUUUUUUCUCUGAAUAGGACUAAGCUAUUCAGGACUCAUUCAGGAGGUGCAUUGUAAACACAAAGUUAAGACUGGACUGUGUUUACCAUGUGCAGCACUUUUACCUGCAAAGAAUUUCAUUUGACAUGGGAUCAUUCAGUCAUCCACUAUCAUGAAAUCCUUCUGUAACAUAUUUGCAGUCAGUUUUCGUUCCUACUGUCCUAUGUAAUUUGCUGUCUUCAGCCACUUUGGGCACGUCACUGUUCCCUUCUUUUUUCUAAGUCACCAAUAAACGUGAACAAUGCAGGUCUAAGCAUAAGUCCACAUGUCUCUACUGACAGCUUUCCUCCACUGCAAAAAAUGAUCUAUUCCUAAUCUCAUUUACUGUAUUUCAAGUGGUAUUUGUGACAGAUGCACUUGACUCCCCAUCAACCAAAGCAUCAGCAGUUGGGUACAGGCUCCAGAGGAGUUAAGGGCCUGAGCUGCAGCUAAGCCAAGAACUCCUUUUAGGGAACCCACAAGGAAGCAGAGCAGCACACUGAACAGCGAUAAGUUGUGCAUGUAAGGAGUCUCGUGCAGACCUUUCCCACUGUAUGCAAGUCAGCCACUUUAUCCCAUAAAUGUGACAGCCUGGGUGAGCCUACUUUGAGCUCUCUUUGUUAAACAAAUGUGGCUGUAUGGUGAUGAUCCUUUACUGCUCACAGACCUCUGGAUGAGCCAAAUUUAAGUUUCAUAUCAAUCAUUUAGCUUAAGUAAAUGCAUAUUAAUAGAAUGAAUCACUUAGAAUUAUAAGGUUGUGUGAUUUUUAAUAUAUUGUCUGCCUCAUGUUAUUUAGCUGAAUUUGCCUGAAUCUUAAGCUGCAUGUUGUAGAAUUCUGCUCAUAUUCACCAAACUUGUAUCUACUUAAUGAAAACAAAAGCAGUUACAGACCAUCAUGAACACCUGCAAGUUAAGGCCUGUUCUGCACUUUACUGGGAAGAACAGAAUUUGCUCAGGAAGAGUAAUGCCUUCAAGGCCAGCAGGAAGCGGCAGACCCUUAUGAACGCCUGCAAGACCUGUUUUGCACGUUUCUGGACAAAUAGAAUUCAUUCAGACAAAACAACACCUUCAAGGCUGGCACAAAGCAGCUACUGACUGUGAAGAAUAUCUGCAGUUAAACACAAUGAAGGCCCAUCUGAGGUCAGGAAAAAAGAUCCAGUGAGAAGCAAGAAGGGGGUCCAGAUUCAAAUAUUGCUGUUGGACUGAAUCAUGGUGUAAGGGGCAGGUAAAUAGUCUGUAAGGGUAUAAAGACCCAGGGAUUUCUAUGCUUGGCUGGGACCUCUGCAAAGGCACCCAGUUCAAGACAACCCUGUUGCUGUUCUGCUCCAUUAAAUUAUUUCUUUCUGCAGACUCUGAUGCCUGAGAGUUUGCUUCAAGAGACCUAGGAUCCAGACUUAGGAGUGACCUGACACUAGGCCCCUGGAGGGGAGGCAAGCAGGUUGACAUGCAGAAUAAUGAAACUUUGAAAUCCUAGUCGAGCAAUAUAAAUAAUCGGGUGU